AUGGGCAUAUAUGAUGGUAACUCAGCUAAUUUUAGUACAAUCUCGCCAAAAGAUAUUCCUGGUAGUAAUGGAUUAGCACAAUUAUUUCGUGAUUGGUUGAUCAGUCAAAAUCUUCCGUUUACUAUAGGUGAACUUGGUGGUGGCGGUGAUUAUGCGUCAUUUUUGGCAGCUGAUAUGAAUGAUAAUCUAUCGUUUCAAGAGUAG